AGGAACUGUGAAUCGCAUGUUUCAAUUGCGCAGCGGAGACGUGGAGUGAAUGUUUUGUCUUUAGAAUUCCAUCUACCGACAAAAACAAGCUUAUAAGUUCGAUUUUUAGCAACCAUGGUGGAGGACGUGCAGAAGCACUCUGUGCACACGCUGGUGUUCAGGUCACUCAAGAGAACUCAUGACAUGUUUGUGGCUGACCAUGCCAAGGCUGUUGCUAUAGAUGAAGAGAGCCACAAACUAAAGAUGGCAGCCAAGAUCCGUGCAGAUUAUAGCGCAGUGCUCCAUAUGCCUGUUCUUAAAGAGGGCAAAGAAAAGAUCCUUCGCCAGACAGAUGACCAGUAUGGACAGGGAUUUUCUGCAAACCCUAGUCAAGACUCUGACUAUGUCAUAACUGGGACCCACCCAUACCCAUCUGGACCAGGCGUUGCACUGACUGCUGAUACACAGAUGCAGAAAAUGCCCAGUGACACUGGUGUUCAGUCCAUGGCGCUGGCUCUUCCUCCUUCACAGUCCAGGCAAGAUGCCAGUCGUACAGCAGCGAGUAUGGCUGAUAUUCACAGACAUGCUGGCAGUGCAGAAAGGUCACAGCCACCUGGUCAUGCCUUGUCUUACCUGGAGGCAGGGGGCACAAAGAAUUCUUCAUUGAUGGCUAAGAAAGCACCAACAAUGCCCAAACCCCAGUGGCACCCACCAUGGAAACUGUACAGGGUUAUCAGUGGUCACUUAGGAUGGGUGAGGUCUAUAGCAGUAGAACCCGGGAAUCAAUGGUUUGUCACCGGGUCUGGUGACAGAACUAUUAAGAUCUGGGACCUGGCGAGUGGUAAACUGAAGUUGUCUCUAACUGGGCACAUUAGCACAGUCAGAGGAGUUGCUAUCAGUUCACGUAGCCCAUACCUUUUCUCCUGUGGAGAGGAUAAGCAAGUCAAAUGUUGGGAUCUGGAAUACAACAAGGUCAUCAGACAUUACCAUGGCCAUCUAAGUGCUGUGUAUGGUAUGGACCUGCAUCCUACAAUAGAUGUUCUGGUGACAUGUAGCAGAGAUUCAACUGCUAGGGUGUGGGACAUCCGAUCAAAAGCCAAUGUGCACACUUUGUCAGGGCACACCAACGCUGUAGCAACGGUGAAGUGCCAAUCUGCAGAACCACAAAUCAUUACAGGAAGCCAUGAUACUACCAUAAGGUUAUGGGAUCUGGUAGCUGGAAAGACUAGAGUAACAUUGACAAACCACAAGAAAUCUGUGAGAGCUGUGGUUUUACAUCCAAGGCAGUAUACUUUUGCUUCUGGCUCUCCGGAUAACAUCAAACAAUGGAAAUUCCCUGAUGGAAAUUUUAUCCAGAACCUCUCUGGUCACAAUGCUAUAAUCAACACGCUCGCUGUGAAUUCGGAUGGAGUACUGGUAUCAGGAGCUGAUAAUGGAACUAUCCACAUGUGGGAUUGGAGAACAGGCUAUAACUUCCAGAGAAUCCAUGCAGCGGUACAGCCUGGGUCCCUGGAUAGUGAAUCAGGAAUCUUUGCCUGCAUGUUUGAUCAUUCAGAGAGCAGGCUGAUCACAGCAGAGGCUGACAAAACCAUCAAAGUCUACAGAGAAGAUGACACAGCGACUGAAGAAUCUCACCCAGUCAACUGGAAGCCAGAGAUCAUUAAAAGGAAGAGAUUUUAAAGGAUUAUCAGCCUGUGUUAAUUUCAGCAGUUUUAAGUUGUUUUCAGGUGCACUCUGGAACAGCCAGUGCUUUUCUAGCUGUUUUAUGUUGUACUUUUCCAAAUAAACAUUUUCUAUGCUU